AUGGCCGCGUUCUCGGCGCCGACGGGGGCCGAACCCUCGGUCCUCGGCACCUUCGGCACUCGCGUAAGCCAUUCGGCUACGACUACGCAUAGUCUGAAACCGUCCUUCGACCGUAUAGUUUUUCGAAAGGCGUGAACUUACAGUUUUUCUUAAUUUUGAAGGAUUUUGAGGCUAUAGUUCCUUCAGCGCUGUCUAAAGAACCGACUAGAGAAAUAGUAUAGAAAAAUUAGAGGUUUAGACGUCUACAGAGCAUUUUUCCAUCAAAAAGCUAGCGUGAUAUUGAAUGAAGAAGUCUUGAAUGAAAAAGUAGCCACUUAAGGGAUAUUAUUUCCGAGGGAUCCCUUAAGAAAUCAACAGAGUUAUUCAGCUGUUACUAUUUUGCGCCUUAGUGGCCACUGUCUACCUCAAGGGCUACUUGGAGAGGACCCUAAAGUUGCCACUAAGACCUCUUUAUCACCCCUAGUGGCCACUAUGGUACUUUUUUGUAUUUUCGUAGUACCACUUCGUCUUUUAAAGAUGUCACUACAUUUUAGCCACUAUAGUGGUCACUAGAAAGUGAAAACCCUAAAGUGACCACUGAAAGUAUUUCAGUAACUUCAUUUCACAAAAAUAUCAUUAAACUUCUUAAAGUGACCACUUGAGUGAAAUCAACGCCACAACGGUUCGCUUUCCACGCCAAGAGAUCCCAGAAUAGCAUCAGGAUGAACAAAUUUGGAAAAGUGCCAGAAAGUCAAGCUCUAUAGUGAUCACUAAAUUUUUUUCGUAUAUUCAACAACUUCAAGAAUUCUUGAAGUGGCCACUUGAGUGAAAUCAACGCCCCAACGGUUGGCCUUCCACAUCAAGAAAUCCCAAAAUAGCAUCAGGAUGAACAAAUUUGGAAAAGUGCCAGACAGGGGAAACAUCAUCAAUCUUCAUUACUCAUCUAUAUUUCACGAACAGAGGAAGGGAUCCUUUGCGAAGGAGGACAGGAACUCCUGAGUUAACCUCCAAUUUCUGGCCAAAGUGUAUAGUUUUGUUAUUGGCUAACAAGGAAAUGAAACGGGUUAAUUACAUGGUUUUUAAGGGAAAAUUAUCUGUUUAUUCCCAUCAUUUUUAUAGCACGCACUGUGCUUUUAAAACUUCUAGUUAUCUUUUUUUGAGCUGCUCAAAUGUAUGCCUAAACUUUAGUUUUUUUUAUUUUGAGGCUUCCAGAAAAUUUUCAUGACCUCUUUCUGAACUUUAAAGACGCAUAUGGCCAGUCCUGAGCCUUUAAAUUUUUGAGAAGCCAUCAUUUUAACUUUCUUAAAACGGCUUAUAUUUAUUCCGCGGUAGUCUAUCAUUUUUUCCCUUUUUUAUUUUUAAUUUUUUCUUUCUUUCAUUUUCAAACUUAAAGGCGCAUAGGACGAGCCAGGCCACGCCCUGCGCCUUUAAAAAUUUCCAGAACUUCUAACUCAAGAUAUUUUUUUAAACUUUAUUAUAGCGCCUUGAGCCUCUCUUUUUUUGAAGACCGUUUUUCAUGAAAAUUUAAAGGCGCAUAGGAAGAGCAAAGCCACGCCCUGCGCCUUUAAAAAAAUUUUUCAGAAGUUCUCAUUUUGCUGUUUACCUUCUUUUCAUUAUUUAGCCUCUACUUCUCAAAAAAAUUCAUAAAAAAAUAAAAAAAUAUUUUUUUCAUAAAACUUAAAGGCGCAGGCCACGCCCUGCGCCUUUAAAAAUUUCUUUAUUUUUUUAAUGAAAAAAACCUUAUUUUUUCAGUUUCGUCCGCAUAUGCUUUUCCAUCUGUCGACAGCCUGCCUUUUCGUUUUGAUGACGUCACUACUCGUCGAUGGUGACGUCAUCGAGGUGGUUGAUGACGUCAGCGACGAAGAGCACUGCGAAAUUGUCAUUAGCAGUAGAUCAGGUAGAAAAAUUCUCUCUCGGCAGGAGGAACAUUUUUUGGAAAGUCUGCGGGUCUUUUAAAACUUCCCUGAAACCGACUACUCUUGAAAAAAUCUGACACCUCUGUUUUCUCUAUUUUUGAAGCGCUCUUUUCGAGUUUCUCUGACCUCGCAGGGGAGAAAAAAGAGAGCGCAGACAGGUCAGACGUGGGGAAUGAAGCUCAGUAGAUUCCAUACUGAAAGGUGAAUUUUUCAGCAAAACACAAAAUGGAUCAAGUCGAUCAGCAAGUCAGUGAUGAGGCUCGAGCUUCACUAGCCGAAGGUUGGCGGAUUCCUUGGUACCUGACGGACGAACAUCAGGUGAGGGUAGGAUGAGCAAUAUGGGCGUUAUAUGAGCAAUACAUAAAAAACUUGUUUCAAGAAGGCUUUCUAUUCUUCCCCUUCGAAAAAACUGCUAUCAAUAAAACUUGAAAAAGUCUGACUUCUCCUAAUAUGAGCAAUGUGGGCGUAAUAUGAGCAAUACAGCACGAAAAUAGUCUCAAGAAGGUUUUUCCAUUUUUUCCCUUCUAAAUAAGGUGAUUUUUCCAACCAUUAAUUGGCUGACCACGCCCCUUUUUUUAACAUAAUAAGCAGCGACAUCAGGUGAGGGUAGGAUGAGCAAUAUGGUUGUAAAAUGAGCAAUAAAAAAAUUCGUUUCGAUGAAGCUUUUCCAUUUUUUCCCUCCGAAAGAAGCUUUAUUUUUCAAAACAACUUGAAAAAGUUUGACUUCUCUGCGCCCUCUUAUGUUCCUGUGCUAUUUUCACGUUUCUAUGACCUCUCAAGUGAGAGAGAGGAGGGUGCAGGCAGGUCAGACUGUUUCAAGCGCGCUAGCCAAAACUUCUCUUAUUGGCUGACCACGCCCAUUUUAUACAGAAUAAACACCGACAUCAGGUGUGACUAAUAUGAGAAAUAGGUGCGUAAAAUGAGCAAUAUACCCUGAAAAUUUUUUUUAAAAAGCUUCUUAAUUUUUCGCAAAAAAAGAGCGUUCCACCUCAAAGAAAUUGAAAAGUCUGACUUCUCUGCGUCCUCUGACUUUUACAUGCUAUUUCCACGUUUCUAUGACCUCGCAUGUGAGGGAGAGGAGAGUGCAGACAGGUCAGACUGUUUCAAGCGCGCUAGCCAACUAAAGUUCACUGAUUGGCUGACCACGCCCAUUUUAUACAGAAUAAACACCGACAUCAGGUGUGACUAAUAUGAGAAAUAGGUGCGUAAAAUGAGCAAUAUUUUGCAGGAUAAGCACCGACAAGUCCAUUCGGAGGUCAACCGGACGUUUCCCAACCAACUAUGCGACGAGAAAGUCUAUUCGCCGUCGAUUCUCAAGCUGAAUGAGGCGAUCGUCUGUGAGCAGGUACUUAAGCAGUCACUUCAAAGCCUUCCUUAAGUGGUCACUAUUUGUAUCCUCACAUCGAAAACUAGGCAGCUUUUGAAGAUGCUCUAAGCGAUCCCUUAAGAGGUUAUCGAAAAUCACUUUUUUGCCGUCUCAUUGCCCUGGAUUACUAGAACUGGAAACCCUUAAGUGGCCACUUUUAAUCAAAAAACCUUUUUUUCAGAUUUGUCGAAGAUGCUUCCCUGGCAGCGUUGCGAUAUGCUUUCUACGAAAUUACAAGUACGAGUGAGUUUUUUUUUUGCAAGCCCUGUAGGGGCCACUUGGAGAUUUCCGAAAAAUGACGUCAUCACUAAAAAACAAGGAAUAUUUCUGAUUAAAAUUCGAUAAAUUCACAGGUUUUGAAGGCAUAGGCGAGCGAGUAUUAGAGGUGGAGAGGCAAAAGAGAAAUAAUUUCUCUGCGUCUCUACAUUUUCCAUGCUCUCUCGCUAGCCUGCAAUUUCAGUUUUAAAAGUUUCCUAGAUCAAAAAUGACGUCAUUAUCAAGAAAAAAAAAUCGAUAAAUUUACAGGUAUUUGAGGCAUAGGCGAGAUCUCGCGAGAGAGUAUUAGAAGUAGAGAGGUAACAGAGAAACAAACUUUCUCAGCGUCUUUCCAUUUUCGAUGCUCUCUCUCUCUAGCCCGCGAAACUAUUUCUCUGCGUCUCUCCAUUUUCCAUGCUCUCUCUCUCUCUAGCUAGCCCGCAAUUUCAGUUCUAAGUUUCUUACAUGAAUCCUAUUAAAAUAAUUUCAAAAAUGACGUCAUUAUCAAGAAAGAAAAUCGAUAAUUUUCCAGAAACAUCGGAGAGACCUGUCUAUGUACCUAUUCUCUGACGGACCCGCUCCGCAACGCCGCCUUCUCGUUGCGACACGAGAAGCGGGUGUUCAGCCGUCGCUGGGCCCGCCCUCCGUAUCUCGUCCUAUGA